AUGAGGAUUUGUGGAGAUUGUGGAAAAGCAGGACCUUCAUGGGCAUCUUUAAAUCGUGGUAUUUUACUAUGUGAUGAUUGCUGUAGUACUCAUAGAAAUAUUGGACGCCAUGUGUCUUGGGUUCGAUCAUUACAUCAUGAAUGGUGGAGUCCAUCAUUAUUAAUGAUGGUUGAAGCUUUAAACAAAGCUGGUGCCAAUAAUAUUUGGGAGCACACCUUAUUAGAACUUGGCUCGCCAACAGUUAACUGCAAGCCAAAAUUUUCUAUAUCUAUGCAUUCGAACAAAGAAAAUUUUAUAAAAGCUAAACAUGAAGAUUUGGAAUAUAUAUUACAACCAGAUUUAGAAACAGAUGGGCUUAAUGGAUUGGGAGCUGAACUUCAUGCCGCUGCGAGAACCCCUAAUUUGCUAACUAGUUUACAUCUUUUUUCCCAAGGAGCUGAUCCUAAUUUUUUUCACGAGGAAAAAGGAAACAUGCCCCUUCAUGUUGCUGCUAAAUCUGGUCAAACAUUACAAGCAGAAUUAUUAAUUGUAUAUGGUGCAGAUAUAACGAAAAAAGACACCUCUGGUAAAACACCUGAAGAAUGUGCAUUAGAAGCAGGUCAUUUCGAUUUAGCUAAUAGGUUAAAGGAAGUCAAAUAUCAUGUUCCCGAUAGGUUAUCUCAGUAUUUGUGUUCAAGGAAACCAGGUCAAUUAACUCAAAUUGAUUUAUUUAAAAAUGAAUCAUUAGCAAUUGUUGAUUCUGUACAAAACAGUGAAGCUAAAACUAAAUUAAAAAAGUUAUCGAAUGGUCAAUUUGAAAGACUAAUUGAAGACGUUUAUGAUGAAGUUGAUAGGCGUGAAGCAGAAAAUGUGAGAUUAUUAAAUUAUAAUAAAGGACAAAAUCACAUUUCGAAUAACUCAACACUUUUCUUACCAGUUCAUCCAGAGCUUUCGACAUCAAGAAAUCAAGGGCGCCAAAAACUUGGUCGCCUUACAGAAAAAGAAUUCAACGUUUUAAUUUUUGACAUUUUGCAAGAGAUCAAACGUAGAGACACUACUCACAACUUAACGGGUAAAAUAUUUGAAAAGUAUUUUUUAAUUUGUAAUAAGCUUAAAACAGAAAUAUCAGACGAAGAGCCUUUGUACGACAGUGUUGCUUCAGAUGAAGAUUAUGCAUAUGCAGAAAAAGGAAUUUCUCCAGAGCGAGCAUCCUUUUCUUUAAGUAACGGUCUUCCUAAUGAAAAUGCAUCUGAAGAUGACCUCAAGAAAAGUCUUACAUCCUCUCAAGCCACAAUAAAUCGACUUCAAUCUGAAAUAAAACUUUUGCAAGUUACCGUAGCAGGAUUGGUUAAAGAAAAUCGCGAAUUAAAAGAUGAAAUACUCAGGGCAAGAUCUUUUACCAGAGGAAUCGAAGCGUCGGGAGAGGGAGAAGCCGAACCCGUAUCGGAUUCGAAAACUCAAAAAUGUACUCGACCUACUUCAAUGUACGAAACUCGAGAGGGUUUGAGAUACUGGACAGGUAAAACGGAAGAAAAUUCUACUCAAGGUAUAUAUCAAAGGCAGUUAUUCGUGCAAGAAACGCCGCGAUACGAAGAUGUUAUUAGAAGAACGGAACAAGUCGCUAAAAGAAUCAAAGAAUUAUGGACGGCCAUGUUGGAAGGAGACGUGAGAACUUUUGUUCCGUGUGCAGAAAGAAUAAGAGUGGCCGUCGCUGAACUCAUUGCAAUUUUUCCACAGAGCCCACCUGAUGAACUGAUUCGUAAAUUGGGCGCGAACACGGCGAGACUGCAAAUCGAAUGUGGAUCCUUGCAAAAUUGCGACACGACAGUUGCGACAAAUUGUUUACAGCAAAUUCGAAAUUGCGCUUACGAAAUUGCAAAAGCGACAAAACUUAUCGUUAUGAACGCUCAAAACGGAUGA